ACAUCUCUCUUCUUGCAGAGGGAUCUAUCUGGACACAAGAAUAUUGUCGGAUACAUCGAUUCGAGUAUAAAUUCAGUGAGCAGUGGUGAUGUAUGGGAAGUUCUGAUUCUCAUGGACUUUUGCCGAGGGGGCCAAGUGGUGAAUCUCAUGAACCAACGCUUGCAGACUGGCUUCACGGAGAGUGAGGUCCUGCAAAUCUUCUGCGAUACCUGUGAAGCCGUAGCCAGACUGCACCAGUGUAAAACGCCAAUUAUUCACAGGGAUCUGAAGGUUGAAAAUAUCCUGCUACAUGAUCGCGGCCAUUAUGUCCUGUGUGACUUUGGAAGCGCCACCAACAAAUUCCAGAACCCUCAAACUGAAGGAGUGAACGCAGUCGAAGAAGAGAUCAAAAAGUACACAACACUAUCGUAUAGAGCACCAGAAAUGGUCAACCUCUAUAGCGGCAAACUUAUUACUACAAAAGCAGAUAUAUGGGCCCUUGGCUGCUUGCUGUACAAAUUGUGCUAUUUCACUUUACCAUUUGGUGAAAGUCAGGUGGCCAUCUGUGAUGGGAACUUCACCAUUCCAGACAACUCGCGCUACUCCCAGGACAUGCAUUGCCUCAUCCGGUAUAUGCUUGAACCAGAUCCUGACAAGAGGCCUGACAUUUACCAAAUCUCAUACUUCGCUUUCAAGUUAGUAAAGAGAGAGUGCCCAGUUCAGAAUGUGCAGAACUCUCCACUUCCAGCUAAGCUCCCAGAACCAGUGAAAGCUAGUGAAGCUGCUGCUAAGAAGAGCCAGCCAAAGGCCAGGCUGACUGAUCCUGUUCCUACAACAGAAACGUCCAUUGCUCCACGCCAGAGACCCAAAGCUGGGCAGACGCAACCCAACCCUGGAAUCCUACCCAUCCAGCCUGCCUUGACCCCUAGAAAGAGGCCCACAGCCCAGGCAGCCAUUCAGCCACAAGUUGCAGGACCUGCUGCCCUGAGCAGUGGCCAGCCCUCGCUUUCUGCAAGCGUUGCACAGCCAAAAGCACCACCUCAGCCAGCUGCACCUCAGCCGAAGCAGGCCCCAGUUCCCCAGCAGGCACCACCAGCCCAGCCCCAAGUCCCUUCCACGCCACCGCAGGCCACACCACAGCACCAGCAGCAGCUCUUCUUGAAACAGCAGUUCCUGCAGCAGCAGCAGCAACAGCAGGCUGCAUAUUAUCAACAGCAGCAGCAGCAGAUGAUGCAGGCACAACAGUUCCCAGUAAUACCACAGGCAGUGCCAGCACAGCAGCAACUGAUGCAGAACUAUUACCAGCAGCAGCAGCAGCUGAUAGCACAGCAAGCCUCCAUGCAGCAGAAGACAGCGGUGGCUGCCGUUCAACAAAAGCAACAGGCUCCAAUGCCUUCUCAGCCCCAGGUGCAGCAAACUGCCACCCAGCCAGCACCUGCCCAGGAACAAGUGAUGCAGGCACCGAUCAGACAACAGCAAAAGCCUCAAACCACCCCACCGUCAGCUGUCCAGGGGCAGAAGGUGGGCUCCCUUACCCCUCCGUCCUCCCCAAAGACGCAGCGUGCUGGGCACAGGAGGAUCUUAAGCGACGUGACGCACAGUGCCGUUUUUGGGGUGCCGGCCAGCAAAUCUACCCAGCUCCUGCAGGCAGCAGCCGCAGAGGCCAGUCUAAACAAGUCCAAGUCAGCCUCGACCACACCCUCUGGCUCCCCCAGGACCUCUCAGCAGAAUGUUUACAACCCACCAGAUGUCUCCACGUGGAACCCAUUCGAUGAUGACAAUUUCUCCAAGCUCACGGCUGAGGAGCUGCUAAACAAGGACUUUGCGAAACUGGGUGAUGGUAAAGCUCCAGAAAAGGUUGGCAAUUCUACAGAGAACUUGAUUCCAGGCUUCCAGCCAGCUCCCUCGACAACCCAGGCAGAUGCUUUUGGUUCCUCCUCCUUUGCAGCUGGAUCAGCUGAAAAAACGAAAGAUAUUCUGAGUUUGGACACUAGCCCUCCGCUUCUGACUGUGCCUGAUCCUUUCAUUUCUCUUCCAUUAUCCGACACACCAGAAAAACUGAUUGAAGGUCUCAAAUCUCCUGAGACUGUGCUUCUGCUCGCUGAUAUCCUGCCUCUUGCUGACCCCUUCGGUAGCACCUCAGAUGCUGUGAAUGGAAAAGCUGAAAUAGCUGUUGAGAGUCUCAUACCCGGCCUCGAGGCGCCGUUGCCCCAGCGCCUUGCUUCGCAGACUGACUCGGUCACUUCUAACAGAACAGACUCUCUGACUGGGGAAGACUCUCUGCUUGACUGCUCUCUGCUUUCUAACCCGGCUGCUGACCUCCUGGAUGAGUUUGCUCCUAUCACUAUUUCAGCUCCAGCUCAUAAAGAAGAUACUAAUCUGAUAUCAGGCUUUGAUGCACCUGAGGGCUCUGAGAAAGUGACAGAAGAUGAGUUUGACCCCAUCCCAGUGUUGAUAUCCAAAAAUUCACAAGGUCUGCAGGGGGAACCGGUCGUAUACCCUGUUGUAACCAUUGAGCACUGUAAAGGACCUGCUGCUAGUGAUGGUAACUCAUUGUACAAAGGUCAGCCUGAGACACUGGAGGUGAGAACACAGCACAACUCAGAAUCUGACUACUUAGCGAGAGGUGACCCUUCAAGCAACAGCUCCUUCCACAGCAGCGAGGGAGAAGGGACAGACCACGAGGGAGACCUUUUGGAUUGUAGUGGGUCCCGGCCUUUGCUUAUGGACUCUGAAGAGGAAGAGGAGUCCUGUAAGUUGCAACUGGUACCCAAAGAAAGAGUGAAGGCUUCCGAAGAUGAUGGCAAUGCCCAGCCUUCUCAUAGUGGGAUAGGAGAUGUAUUGUUCCCGGCCUUUCAGCUGCACACGGGAGAAUUUUUCAAUGAGCCUGAUGUCUUUGCCACAGCUCCUUUCCGAAGCUCAAGAAAAGUAAGUGAUGACCUGGAUGUCUUUUCCAAAGCACCCUUCAUUUCCAAGACUGCUGUGGCUGCAAGGCAACCAGAAGAAACAGAUGUAUUUCUGAGAGCUCCUUUUACUAAAAAGAAAAGCUUGGAAGAGUUGCCAUCACACAGCCCAUCUAAGGAGCCUCAUGCACCUGCUGCUUUCCUCAGUCAAAGGGGUGAUGACCAGCAUGUUGUUAACGCUGUGUUCCAAAAUUUGGAUACAGGAAUGUGUGGGGCGCCUGUCUCAGCCAGACCUCAGUAUCCUACAGUAGGGUUCACUCAGCCAGCAAGCCUUCCACCUCACUCCAUAAGAGCAGUGGAGCCACAGGAAAGUGUUCCUCCCAAAGGAUCGCUGAAAGAGCAUGGCAGUGUUUCUAAUGACAGAAGCCAAGGACAUGCGGUCCCACAGGAUGCCCUCUUGGGCUCCACGGUUAGUCAGCCUUUCCGUCCACAGUCGUUAUCCAAGUACUCCCGUCACUACAGUCCAGAAGAUGACCAGGGUCUGGAUGUCCAACCCAUAGCGGCUUAUAAGGUGGUUUCUCAGACCAACAAACAGGCAAUAGCAGGAUCUGUCUCUAUUGCUUCUCUCUCUUCCAGGACUACAGAGCUGCCUAGUGCUGACCCGUUUGCUUCAGCACCUUUCCCUUCCAAAUCGGGAAAGCAAAAGCCUUAAGUAGUCUGCUGUGAGAUGGGAGACAGGCUUCUGAUUUAAACUCUCUCUCAAGGACCUUCAGGCUCUUAGUAGAAAUGAGGAGUACUUUCCCCCCACCUUUAUUCCAAAUUCUAGUUGCAGUGAUAUUUAGUUGAACCAUUUUAAGUUAUAUUCUAUUGAAUGCCCAGCUCUCAAGGGUCUUCGCAUCCUAUUUUAGUUGCUACCUUUCCUCCUCCCUAAUUCCUCUUUAGAUGCUUCUCUGAACCAGUAAUAUUUUGUACUUGCUGGCUUUGGCAGGGUGAAUACCUUGUUCAAUUUGUUACUAUUGAUACUGGUACACAACUAGGAUUACAGAGCAAGUCAAGCAGGACUGGCUAACGCUCUGGGGAGGAAAUUGGUUCACAGGCCAAAAAGGUUGUCAUUAUUGUUUUCCUACCAAGGGGAAUUUUGGAAGUGAUCAGAGUAGAAGUCUCCCAAAAGCUUAUAACAAAUGCCGCAACCAAACCAACAACGGUAGAUUGAGAAUAUAGCUCCUUGAUGAUGAACUGUGUGUGUAUUUACAGAAUAUAUGCAUGUUGAAUGAAAGCCACACAGCUGCCAGAAGUCUAGCAUGAGGACUAUGCACUAUUGAAGUUCCACAUAAAGGAAAAUGUAGCCUUGUUGUUGGCCUUAUGCAUACAGACAAUUGUCACUCAGUAAUACAUCAAAGUACAUGUCUAUCUGUUGACUUAGUACAAACCCUACUGGAGGCAGUGAAAAGGCUCCCAAGACUUCCAGUGGGUUUCAGUGGGGUUUUGGAUCCAGUUCCAAAUACAUCUGAGUAUAGAAGUGUUGGCAAAGUGAUCUUUUUGGAUGUCAUCUUAUAUAAAAGUGUGUGUAUGUACACACACUCACACUCGCACUCAUUUUGUUCUGACUUAUUUUCCAAUUGGUUUAUGCCAAAGUAUUGAACCAUGCAUUUCACGUAUUAUAAUUUGGAGAGUGAACUUUUAAUCUUAAUACUGUUAAAACUGGAAUACUUUGGAAGUAGCUUGACAGAAGUUCUGAUCUAGGCAACUCCCUCCUCCCCUCCUCAAUGUAAUAUAUUGUUGCUCUGCCGACUUCUGUCAAGUUGCAGUGAUUUACACUAGCAAAGGAUCUGGCCUUAAAUUAAUCUUUAUUUUUCCUUUCUGUUAAGAUAAGUCUAAAGACAAGCUACCUUCCUCCUGCACUUUUCUAUUGUGUUCUAGAAAUCCCAUGUUUUGUACUGUAUGAUUAAAGAGGAAGACAGCUUAGUUUUUAUAAAAGCAAAAAAGAGUUGUAGUGAAUUACAGUAUUGAACUUGGAGGAAAAUGUCGUUGUUGAGUGGGGAAGCCACUUGACUUUAUUUGUCAUGUUACCGUUGGCAGCAGAGUAGGAAUCCAUGAGUUGUUUUCUUUAGGGAUUGUUGGCUUUUCUUGUGCCUUUUUGCUAAAGAAAGAAAGGCAAGUCUCAGUAGUGUUCUUGUGUGUCCAUCCAGAAUGGGAGUGGUAGCAAGCCCCAUCAGAACCAAACCAGCAGUCUUCAAACUGCUGUUUCUCUCCAGGAAACACUUGAUGUUGCUGUGAAGUUGUUUCCAAAAUGUCUAACUAUAAGGAUUUUUUUUCUUUUCUAUAAGGAUGGUUCAUGGCGCUGUUCCUUUUCAAGAUGUCUUUCAUAUCCUGAGCAAUUCUCUUGGCCAUACACAGAAAAGAGGAGAGCCCAGGAAGAUCUUCAUGAUGGUUUGUUCUUUCAAGGCCUCAUUCAAAGCUUACUUUUGAGUCUCUCUCAAUUGGGCUCUUAGAAAGAGAGUGAGGACUGUUCCCUUAAUUCAUCUGGUCAUUAGCAAAUAACCUAGAGCUUUGCACUGAAACCUAAGGGGAAUUUUUUUGUCCUGGAUGUCACCCAUGAUUCAACCCAUGGCUGUUUGCUGCUGUGGCCUGAGAAGCUUGAGGACAGCUCUCUAUGGGGUGGCUUUAAGUUCUGUCCUCAUUCAGGAUGGACAAGUACUCCUUGCAAGUGUAAACACAUUGUGCUUGGGGGAGGGCAGGAAGAGGAGAGGGAGGGUCCUCCCUUGAUUAACGCUGGAUGACGGUCAGGGCCAGGUCAUCUUAAGCCAGUGGCAUCAUGCUGGAGGAAGCUGGUGUAACUGAGCCAUUUCUUUGUCUUUAUAAAAACUGAUUUGUGCAAGUCCAGCUCUGUUGGCCAAAUGCUCAAAAGCCGAUGGGUUACAGGAGUACCAUAGGAAUGCUGAAACUGUGUGAGGAGUACCUGAAGGGGAGAGCAGGUCCCUGUAUGCAAGACAAACCAUGUAGCAUUAGGGUGGUCCACUGCUGACAGCCCUACAGUGCAGGGGAAGGCACCAGGGAAAGAGCCUGCCUGUCCCCAAGUGGGAGAUGGCCAAUGAUACUUGUGUGUAGCAGGACUUGUGCUCUUCCUUAACCGUGCUCACACCCAGUCCCAAAUCGCUGGAGCUUAUUCUGACCAGCAGAAUAAGAGAGACAUUUUGUUGGUGCACUUGGCCAGCUCUGACUUGACUGGGGUUCUGCUGAACGUACUAGGGAGGAACCUGGGCUGGUGUAUUUAACUUUCUGAGGGCAAGGGAGGAAACCUGAAACCAAGAAACACGGGAGCAAAGGAACUUGGGCAGCUCAGUUGUUAGUCGUAAAUGGUGAUGUGUCCAGCUCAGCUCAGGCUAAUUGGAGCUUCCUUUAUAAAGCAAUCUAGUUUCCUGAUGCUGGCCUGUGACAUGUCAAGGUAGGUGUCAUCACUGCUGGCCAGCAGCUUCAGUUUUUCCUCAGCUCUGUCUGAGCAACGAUAGAAAAUGUAAAUACUGUAGGUAUAUUUCUGGGUUUCUCUCAAUAUACCUUUUCCAACUAAACUGAGCAACUGGCUUGUGUGUGGUUUUUCAUCUCGAGUAACUUGCCAGUUGGUUGAUGCUAGCUUGAGGAAUGCUUGUGAUACUAUACUGUGAAAUACAGAGGAGGCCUUUAGCAUCAAGGGCCCAAUACAUGCUGCGUUUAUUGGUACCACUGUUAGUCGCAUGCAGUCUGGAGAUGGGGUGUGGUCCUGAAUUAGGGAUUUUGUGGAAGGAAGGAGAAAGCAGGAUAAUGUGGAUGAAUCUCAUGUAAAUCCAAGUCGCUUCACUGAAGUAAGCAGUUGCACUGGCAUAAAUGGGGAAAAGCAAAUCCCUCCGGUAACUGGAUUCACACAAUGAGGUUCUUUGUGGGUGUACUUUUAUUUUUACUUGAAAAGCUGAUGUCAGACAAUGACAUGAAGUUCAUUACCAACCUCUGUUGUGCUAAAUCAUGUCCCUUACCUGAAAUGUUCGACCUCCGUUUCUUUGUGAAAAGUAUUUUGCACGUCUCUCUUUGCUGCUAGGAAGGAGCCCGUGCCUCUUUCCCACCAGCUGAUCAGUGAUAAAGAUGGAGGCAGGAGCGAAGGAUAAUUCAGAUCCAACUGAUCAAACUUGCUAGACAGGGAAGAAAGGAAGAGUGGAGAAAGGCCUGGUUAUGCUGUUGAAAGAGCAUUUACAGCAAUUUUAGUUUUAUUAGGGAUUAGAUUUUCAGCCAGGGUUUUGGCAGCUUACAGGUCCUUCUUCAAGCACAUGGCUUUGCCUGAAGGCUUUGUUUAACUUUGCAAAAAUGAGCUAAUAGUAUUCAAUAAACUAACAGUCCUGAUCCAAGACAUCCAGCAAGCACACCGUUUAAAUAGAACCAGGAGCACUUUGCUUAGAUGAGCUUCUUGCACUCAAUCUGGUAAGCAGUGGAACUUGGCUACAAUCAGAAAACUGCAUCCCAGUGCCCAGUCUGACUCCCCUCUCCCCCCACCCCCAUCAGCUCCAUCCAUGCACACACACAUACACUACUUCUGAAUUCUUGGCAUGAUGAUCUACUCAUUGAACAAUGGAGCUGUGAUCCCUUACAGAAUCUAGACUUCACUUUUUUUAAUGCAUGUAUAAUAUAGUGUACCGCUUGUCUUUGCAAUAAUAUGGUAGAAGCUUGGUAUAACUUUUUUUUACAAUUA